CGCCGUGACGUGGUGUUCCUCCCGUCCCUCGCCUACUUCCUCGUUCUUUCCCUCUCCAGAGUCUCAGCCCUAGGCUUCCUAGGGCCUUUUACGACAUUGGGUUUCAGAGUGUAUCUCGGCGCCCGGUCCACUUUUCGGCAAAGUGACGUGGAAGUCAACAGCAAUGGCGGAAGGAGUGGAAGUCCCGCCGCUGCCACAGUCUAGCGACGACCGCUGAUAGAAAUUUUUCUGAAGUGUGUAAUAUCUCAUUGCCCAAUUUAAACUCAUCUAAAUAACUUAGGAUCAUCCAGUUUUCAAAUGGAAAAGGAUCUUGAAGAAGCUCUGGAAGCAGGAGGUUGUGAUCUUGAAACUUUGAGAAAUAUAAUUCAAGGGAGACCACUACCCACUGAUCUGAGGGCCAAAGUUUGGAAGAUUGCUCUAAACGUUGCAGGAAAAGGUGAUAGUUUGGCAUCAUGGGAUGGUAUGUUAGACCUACCAGAACAGAACACUAUUCACAAAGAUUGUCUAGAGUUUAUUGACCAUCUUACAGUGCCAGAAGAGAAGGCAGCAGAAUUACUUUUGGAUAUUGAAUCUGUAAUUACUUUUUAUUGUAAAUCACGUAACAUUAAAUAUAGCACGUCCCUUAGCUGGAUACAUCUACUCAAACCACUGGUGCACCUUCAACUGCCACGCAGCGAUUUAUACAACUGCUUUUAUGCUGUCAUGAAUAAGUACAUCCCCAGGGAUUGUUCCCUGAAGGGGAGACCGUUUCAUCUUUUCCGAUUACUCAUCCAGUACCAUGAACCUGAGCUUUGUUCUUUUCUUGAUACAAAGAAAAUUACUCCAGACUCCUAUGCACUCAACUGGCUUGGAAGCCUUUUUGCAUGUUACUGUUCCAUUGAAGUCACUCAGGCAAUAUGGGAUGGAUAUCUACAACAAGCAGAUCCAUUUUUUAUUUAUUUCUUAAUGUUAAUAAUCCUUGUUAAUACAAAAGAAGUUAUUUUAGCACAGGAGUCAGACGGCAAAGAGGAAGUUAUCCAAUUCUUGGAAAAAACUCCAUCCAGUUUGAAUCUAGAAGAUAUAGAAGACCUUUUCUCUCUGGCUCAGUAUUAUUGCAGUAAAACACCAGCUUCAUUUAGGAAGGAUAAUCAUCACCUAUUUGGUAGUACUUUGUUGGGAAUUAAGGAUGACGAUGCAGACCUGAGUCAGGCUCUUUGCCUGGCCAUCUCGGUGUCAGAGAUCCUCCAAGCAAAUCAGCUUCAGGGUGAAGGAGUCCGCUUCUUUGUGGUGGAUUGCCGUCCUGCAGAACAGUAUAAUGCUGGGCAUUUAUCAACUGCUUUUCACUUAGAUUCAGAUCUGAUGCUCCAGAAUCCAUCUGAAUUUGCACAGUCAGUAAAGUCCUUGCUGGAAGCACAAAAGCAGUCCAUUGAGUCUGGCUCCAUUGCUGGUGGGGAGCACCUCUGUUUCAUGGGCAGUGGCAGAGAGGAAGAAGACAUGUAUAUGAACAUGGUCCUGGCACACUUUUUACAGAAAAACAAAGAAUAUGUGAGCAUUGCCAGUGGAGGAUUUAUGGCACUGCAGCAGCACUUGGCAGACAUUAAUGUGGAUGGACCAGAAAAUGGUUACGGCCAUUGGAUUGCUAGUACCUCAGGCUCAAGGAGCAGUAUCAGUUCUUCUGCUGAUGGUGAAUCCUCUAAUGGCUCAAAUGACAGAGGAAUGAAAUCACUAGUAAAUAAAAUGACUAUUGCUUUGAAAACAAAAUCCGUUAAUGUCAGGGAAAAAGUUAUCAGUUUUAUUGAGAAUACAUCAACGCCUGUGGACCGAAUGUCUUUCAAUCUUCCUUGGCCAGACAGAACAUGUACAGAGCGGCAUGUGAGUAGCAGUGACAGAGUGGGCAAGCCAUACCGCGGUGUGAAGCCUGUGUUCAGCAUUGGGGAUGAGGAAGAAUACGACACAGAUGAAAUUGACAGUUCUUCCAUGUCAGAUGAUGAUAGAAAAGAGGUUGUAAACAUUCAGACUUGGAUAAACAAGCCAGACAUCAAGCAUCAUUUUCCUUGUAAAGAAGUGAAAGAAAAUGGACACAUGUUUCCUAGUCAUCUGUUGGUUACUGCAACACAUAUGUACUGUUUAAGGGAGAUUCUUUCACGGAAAGGAUUGGCUUAUAUACAGUCUCGACAAGCACUAAAUUCUGUGGUUAAAAUUACAUCCAAAAAGAAACAUCCUGAGUUAAUUACUUUCAAGUAUGGAAACAGCAGUGCUUCAGGAAUAGAAAUCUUAGCCAUUGAAAGAUACUUGAUCCCAAAUGCAGGAGAUGCUACCAAAGCCAUAAAACAACAGAUCAUGAAAGUUCUGGAUGCUUUGGAAAGUUAAUGUGAAAGAAAAUUACUUCAGAAGAAAUGAAAGCAACCAAGAGAAACAUGGACAUUUUCCUGACUGAAUACUAACUGGAGACAUUUCAUUUGCUUAUGGGGGUGCUUGAAUAACAGGUCUAAAAAAUGUAAAUUAUUAUAAUCAAUCUCUGGACAGUUAAAAAAAUUUUAAUUUUCUUUUGUAUUUUUGGUUUUGUAAAAUGAUUAAUUAUAAAAGUCAGUUAUUGAAUGACUUUAAAGUAACUGACCCAGUGCCCUUAUAAACUAAGGGAGCAGAAUGCAGUUCUGUUUUGAAGAGCUGUUUUAAGGGAACAUGCAUCACUUUCAGAUUUAAAAACAAUCAUACACAUACAUAUUUGCAAUGUCUUCACUGACACUUAGAGAGAGAAUUAGUUGAAAAAAAAACCUUUAAUUGCUGCAUUUGGCUUUACCCACUGAGCGAAUAUCAGAAACUAAAAAAUAUUACAUAGAUUAAUAAUUAGCUUGCUGCUUCUGUUCUUAAAAAGAAUAAAAUCUUUUUAAUGAAAUGGGUAAAGAUUCCAGCCAACUGAGAAAUUCAGUCCAGCUAGUAAAAUGUUGAAACAUCAGUUUCCAAACAUCUUCUUUGCACCAUUAGCUAUUAAUUUGAAGAUGAUGUGUUUUAGAUACUUAACUUCAUCCUAAUGGUUUCUAUGGAGCAUUUAAAAGCAAUGUAAAAAGUAGGUAAGCAUGUUAAGAUUACAAUUAACAUUUUGAGGACAGAAUUGUAUUUGUACAGAUGCCAUUGGUCUUUAUUACAAAUGGAGUAUUUGGUUUAGGAUAUUUCAAAACGCAAGUUGAACACACACUGAUUUAUCUUCAGUGAGAUUAUGGUCUGUGACCACAAAUAAUCCACUUAAAUAAAAGCCAGAUAAUCAGAGGGAUGUAUAAACUGUAGUUGUUUUUAUCAUCAGUUUCUGAAAUUUCUCUUCUUUGGUUUUUGUCUUGUCUUACUAGUCUGAAACUAUUUUUAUUCUCUUAAUAUGACAAAACUGUAAAGUGAUCUGCUUUAUUUUACAGCUUCCUUAGUUUAAUUUAUUGAGGUCUGUAUUGGACACAUUAGGUAAGAGAAAUCCAAGAACACAUUUGAUUGAGGACAUGGAACAAUUUCUUGUAAAAUCUAUUUGGGAAGUAGCAAAUUCUUACAACCUACCGUGUCUUAAAAUGUGAUAGAUUAUCUCUAAGGAGUUCAUAGGAGAAAUGUUUAGAUGUGCCCUGUUUGCAGACAGUUAUUUUAAUUUACUUAACGGAAAUCAAGUGAAUAAAAGGCAGCAUAGGCCAAUAUAUUUUAUUCUAAUACUUAAAUAAAAACAGUUUACUUGGAGUGGUUGAAGACAUUUGCAUGAAAUUGCACCUGGUGCAAUAAUUGAUAUUUAUAACUCUCCCCACAACUGUUAUAUUACAUUUUUUUUCCUUGGUGCCCCUUUAAAAAUGUCCUGAAGUCUCAUUUUUUUGCCUAUUUCAGCUAUGGGACUUUUUACAUAAUAUUAAUGUAAAGAUGUUGUGUUACUGUUUAUAAAUUACAGGUGUAAAUAAAUCAAUGCAGUUUGCUCAA